UCCUGUUUCCUGAGUUAAAGGCGGCCCGGGCGAAUCCGCGGCUGAAUAUUUUUGGUUUGUUUUUGGUGAAUCCAGUUGGAUCCGCGCCAUCAGAACCGCAGUCAUGACGGUGGGUAAGAGCUCUAAGAUGCUGCAGCACAUCGACUUCAGGAUGCGCUGUAUUCUUCAGGACGGUCGCAUUUUCAUCGGGACGUUUAAAGCCUUUGACAAACACAUGAACCUGAUCCUGUGCGAUUGCGACGAGUUCAGAAAAAUCAAGCCGAAGAACACGAAGCAGCCAGAGCGCGAGGAGAAGAGGGUCCUGGGUCUAGUGUUGCUACGAGGAGAAAACCUGGUGUCUAUGACUGUAGAGGGACCUCCUCCUAAAGACACUGGGAUUGCCCGUGUGCCCCUGGCAGGUGUGGCAGGGGGUCCAGGUGUGGGCAGGGCGGCUGGCAGGGGCGUGCCCGCCGGGGCCCCAAUGGCAGCAGCACCCGCGGGUUUAGCGGGUCCCGUGAGAGGAGUAGGCGGCCCCUCGCAGCAGGUCAUGACCCCUCAGGGCAGGGGCACUGUUGCCGUGGCAGCAGCCGGGGCCAGUAUUGCAGGGGCGCCCACGCAGUACCCCCCUGGCCGAGGAGCACCGCCCCCUAUGGGCCGAGGAGCACCUCCAGGUAUGAUGGGCCCUCCCCCUGGCAUGCGGCCCCCAAUGGGUCCUCCCAUGGGCAUGCCCCCGGGCAGAGGCGCUCCCAUGGGCAUGCCUCCUCCCGGCAUGAGGCCCCCUCCCCCAGGCAUGAGAGGACCCCCUCCCCCCGGGAUGAGGCCGCCCCCGCGCCCCUGAUCCCCCCCCGCGAGCUGGGCCUCAGAGCCUGGUUUAGUCUGGACCUCAGUCCUGGUCCAGACUGGUCCUGUUUGUACAGUUUUGUUUUGUACUUUAGUUUUUAAUAAAGUCCUGGAGACACUUUGGCCUUUGUCACUUUUUUAAUUUUUAUUUUAUUAA